AUGAGCAGUAAGCAGGUCUGAUAGAGAAUUUCAUCAGCUUUGUCCUCAGAUUUGUAAAAUAUCUGGCUGCUGAGUUUCAUUAGCCUAAAAAUAUAUAAUCUUUUGAACAAAGGACAUUUUGAAUAUUACUGAAGAUGCCAAAAAAGAAUCAGAAAUAGCUGAAAUAGCACCAGCAUCUUGAAUGGAAUAUUGCUACUGGGAGUGGCACUUGCCUUUGUGUGUUUGAGAAGAUUCUACGGGAGCAGCUGUAGAUUUGGAGCUGAACACUGUGAGAUGCUUCUCUGUCUAAGGGAAGAAGAGAUGUCACUUCAAGAACUCACACAGCGACUGGUCAAUGUUAUCACUCAUGUUGAUGAAAUCAUGCAACAAGAAAUAAGACCCCUGCUUGCAGUUGAUAUCGUUGAACAGCUACAGAAACAGUUUGCUAUUUUAUCAGGAGGACGUAGCAGGGAUGGUGCACCAAUCAUCACUUUUCCAGAACACUCUGCCUUUGGGGACCUUUCUGAUGAAGAGUUUCUGAAUGUUGUUACGUAUUUGACUAGCAUUCCAAGUCUGGAUGCUGCCAGUAUUGGAUUUAUCAUAAUUAUUGACAGGCGCCGAGACAAAUGGAGUUCAGUCAAAGCAUCUUUAAUGCGCAUUGCAGGAUCAUUUCCAGGGAACUUGCAGCUAGUUUUUGUCCUGCGACCUUCCCGUUUCAUCCAGAGGACUAUUGCCGACAUUGGCAUCAGGCUUCAACGAGAUGAUUUUAAAAUGAAGGUACCGAUUAUCAUGUUAAAUACUAUAGCAGAUCUACACAGCUAUAUUGAAAAAAGUCAACUGACGAGAGAUUUAGGAGGUACUCUGGAAUAUUGUCACAAUCAGUGGAUUCAUCAUCGAACUGCUAUAGAAAAUUUUGCUAUGACAGUGAAAGCAACAGCACAGUUAUUACAGUCAUUUGGCACUGAACUUGCAGAGACGGAGUUACCCAAUGAUGUUCAGUCCACAAAACUACUGCUCACAAUUCACACAGAAAAACGCAAUGAACUAAAGGAGAGACUGAAAUUGGCAGUAAAGGAAGGAAGCACUUUACUAAUAUGUAUUAAGGAACCACUUACUAAAAAUCCCAAUUAUGUGCUGAAUUCUGAUGAACUGGAAAAUAUGGCUACAGUUGAAAGACUACUGAUGCAAUUGGAUGAAACUGAAAAUGCCUUCGACCAAUUUUGGUCAAAACACCAUCUCAAACUAGAACAAUGCCUGCAGCUUCGUCAUUUUGAACAAGACUUUCGGGAGGUUAAAGUUAUUCUGGAUUGUUUAACAGAAACACAGGCUACAUUCACUGAUAUUGGAGACAGUGUAGCCUCUGUGGAACGCCUUCUAAAAGAACUCCAAAUGAAGGAAGAGAAAGCACAGGAAUCAUUAGAAAAGGCACAGUUAUUGGCUCUGCAUGGAGAUCAACUUAUCCAAAGCAACCACUAUGCCAUUGACUCCAUCCGACCAAAAUGUAAUGAACUCAGGCGCAUAUGUGAUGAUUUUACCAACGAAAUGAAGAAAAAGCAUGAUAUGCUUGGAAAAUCUCUUGAAGUCCAUAAGCACCUGGACAGUGCCAAGGAGUGGUGUGAAACAGGCAUAUAUCUCCUGGCAUCUCAAGCGGUUGAUAAGUGCCAAUCUCAAGAAGGAGCUGAAGCUGCACUUCAAGAUCUUGAGAAUUUUCUUGAAACUGCCAAAGAUCACAAGCUCACUAAUCCAAAAGAGUUUUAUAAGCAAUUUGAAUUAUUUCUCACUGAAGACGUUGAGGCUAACAUAUCAACAAUCCUUCAGAAGCUUGAACAUGUCCAGGAAAUGUUUGAAAAGCGUCAAGCUAGUUUAAAGAAGUUAGCAGCCAAACAGACUCGACCAGUUCAACCUGUGGCUCCUCGUCCAGAGUCAUCACCAAAACGCUCUUCGCCAAAACCAGCCAGAACUCCUGCUCUCACAUCCAGCAGAAGAAGCUUAGAUAACAUUAGCAAUUCAAAACCACUAACAGAUACAGAACUGGCAAAGAAAAGAAAUGGAAAGAAACCAAAAGGAAACUUAAAGAUUGAAGUGAUGCAUGAAGCCAGUCAGGGGGGAUCCAGUCAUGUCCAAGUACCAACUGAAAGUGAAGAGAACCUGUCAACAAGGAGGAGGCACAUCAUGAAUGAGCUCAUUGAAACAGAACGGGUUUAUGUGGAAGAGCUUUUGAGCAUAAUUGAGGGUUAUGCUACUGAAAUGGAUAAUCAAGAGCUGUCUCCUCUGAUCCCUGGUGCACUUAAGAACAAAAAAGAAAUCCUGUUUGGAAAUCUUCCAGAAAUCUAUGAUUUUCACUAUAGGAUAUUCCUUAAAGAGCUUGAAAAUUGCAUGGAGAACCCUGAACUUGUCGGAAAAUGUUUUUUAAAAAGGAAAGAAGAAUUACAAAUUUAUGAAAAAUAUUGUCAAAAUAAACCACGUUCAGAGGCUAUCUGGCGACAGUGUGGAGACUGCCAAUUCUUUCAGGAGUGCCAACGUAAAUUGGAUCAUAAACUCUCACUGGAUGCUUAUCUGCUGAAACCUGUCCAAAGGAUUACAAAGUAUCAACUUCUUCUAAAGGAAAUGCUAAAGUGCAGUAAAAACUCAGAAGGCACUGCAGAACUAGAGGAAGCACUGGAGACAAUGAUUAGUAUAAUUAAAUCAGUGAAUGACUCCAUGCAUCAAAUUGCUAUCACUGGGUUUGAGGGAAACCUAAAUGACCUUGGGAAGUUAUUGAUGCAAGGCUCUUUCAAUGUCUGGACAGACCACAAAAAGGUUCACAGCAAGGUCAAAGAUUUGGCACGAUUCAAACCAAUGCAAAGGCAUCUUUUCCUUUAUACAAAAUUGCUGCUAUUCUGCAAGAAACGAGAGGAAAAUGCAGAUGGACAUGAGAAAUCUCCCUCAUACAGUUUUAAGCAUUCAUUGAAGAUGAGUGCUGUUGGUAUCACAGAAAAUGUAAAAGGAGACAUUAAGAAGUUUGAAAUCUGGUACAAUGGCAGAGAGGAAGUGUACAUUAUUCAGGCAUCAUCUGUAGAACUGAAGAACCUUUGGGUUUCUGAAAUCCGGAAAGUACUGACAGGACAACUGCAAGCUUACAGAGAAGCAAGUCAGUUAAAUCAGAGGAUACAGGAACAUGUUUACCAGGCUCCACUGAACACACCCAACAGAUAUACAAGGAAAUCAUCUUUACAACAAGACAACAAAUGCGAUUCGUCAAGUUCUGAAACAGUUGAAAGGCAAAAUGAAAUCUCAAGCUCCAAUAAUAGACAAAAGAGAGCUGAUGUUCCUUCCAGUCAUAACCUUGAUCGUUCAUCUCUUGCUAAAAAGCGAUUUACAUUGCAGGGUCUUUCCAAUCGCAGACCUCCACAGAAAGAAUCACAGUCUAAGGAGCCAACUGUAAUUCGUCGCAUUUCCUUAGCUUCUUCUGUCAGUGCUUCACGAAGUAAAGGAUCACUGUCUGGGCCAGAUGUUAAAGCUAAGCGAUAUGAAAUAAAGAGUGACCCAACUCCAUUGGGUUUUGAAGAGUCAUUGCCAGAUACUUUCAUGAUUGCAAGCAAGCGCCACAGUACCACCAGUUACGUAAAAAGGUCAAUUUCACAGACAGGUUGGUCAUGUAAACCGAUCCCAUCAUUGGAUACUUCCGAGGAUUUUGAAACUAUUCCUUCAAGUAUGGAUGAACUUUCCAACUCCUCAGAUAUGGAUGAAGAACUAUCUAGUAAAGCUGCACAAAGUCUGUACCGAGUAGAUGGCAUUUAUGAACCUAAAUCCAUUGAGGAGCUUGCAGUGCAGAAUGGCGAAGUGGUUGAGGUACUGCAGGAAGGAGAAGAGGGACAGUGGCAAGUAAGGAGUCUGCUAACUUAUAAAACAGGAUGGAUUCCUUCCAGUCUUCUACAACCAGUUGGUUCAGAACUUAAGGCGGAUCAGACUGAUAAUAAUUCAGAUUUUUACAGUGAUAUGUGCACGGCAGCAUUUGCUGAUUGUGAAGACAAGGAGAGUUCGGACAUGGGAAGCUAUACUUCAGGAAGCAGAACUGAAAGCUGAUCUUGUUACUUCUCUAAUAUUAACCCUUAAACUUCAGGCUUCAAUCAUGCCUACAAAAGUCAGGGUCCUGAGGACUCUUCAGUAGCUGAGUACAUGAAGUGGGAACGUACUGUACUCCUUACUGCUGAAAAAUCCUGUAGCUGUGCAUAAAGAAUUGAAUUUGUUUGUUUAUAAUUGAAUUGUUCAAUACAAAUGCUCUUCAAUGGUUUAAAAGAAUGAAUAUUAGUAAGGGCCAGGUUUUUGAACACAUAUCCAGUUCCAUUUUCUGCAGUUCUUAACGUCUUGACUCUCCAGUUACCAAUAUUGCUUGUUGGAACAAAUCAUAUUAAAUACAGUUCAGAUAACAACAAUAAAAAGUGAACUCAGGCUUCUGGUAUGUUGUAACUAACCAAACCAGUAUUUCAUGCUAUUUGCGCUAUUCCCAUUUGUUUCCACAACAUGUGAGUAGUCUGAUUCCGUUCAGCACUCAAUUAAUGAAAUCUAACCUCGGGUUGCCAGUGGAAAUUAAUGAUAACAAAGACAUGAGCUUGCAAAAAGAUGCGAAGAGGCUACACACUCGCUUAUCAAUGCACGAAGACAAGAUUGCUAGUGGCAUUUGAAAUAGUCAUUUUCUCAGGAAAUGAUUUCUGAUCUGCAGGGAAAAACUGCUAUAUUUUAUUCCAGUAAAACAAAUACAUUUUCUUUAUAUCAACAUCUGCUCUUCUAACAGUGGCCUUUAGCUGAAUCCAUGAGACCACUACUGUGGAAAACACUUAUGAGAAAUGGCAUGGAAUAAAGGCUAACAAAUGUUACUGGUGAAAGUUGUUACAGUUUGUUGCUGAUACUUCAGUUUAAAGUACUGUAUGAAAGCUGUGUGUGGUCCAGAUUGCAUGUUGUGCCUGUAUUUUACUGAUAUUGGGAACACCAGAUAUUUAUACUUUAAAAAUAAUGUUACAACAAUCUUCAAAAAUAUGUUGGGCCUUCUAAAGUAUAAGACUGAUUGAUGUGAAAUGUUUUAUGUACCUUGAACAGUGGCAGGUAUCAAUUUGUGUGAAAAGUGUGCAUUUUUAUUUAAUGACAGUGAUUGGAUCAAAUAUAUAAGGGGUUUAUUAUUAAAUCAUGUCUACCAGAGAAUAAAUAACAGCAAGUAAUGGUUCAACACAAAAUUUACACAAAUCAUGCAAAAAAUAAACAUUUCAUAAUCUUGUUAAGGAGAAGUAGACAUAGAAAGUACAUCUCUCUGAUGAUCAAAAAACAUCACCUGCUGCAGUCAGUGUUUAGUGAGGAUUAGUGAGGUUUCAGAGUAUAAAAAUGUUUUCUCUCAUAUCCAAGUUAUUUUCUUAACCUCCAUAAAAGAUUAACAUUUUAGCUGAGCUUUUGCUGAAAAGUUCCUCAAAAAAUACAUUUCAUAAUGUGACAAUCUGUGCUGUCAUGUACACUAAGAAUGCAUGUGCCAACCUGGAGGUAUGAGACUGGUUCUGACUUCAUAAACGUCCAAAUUAUUGGCCUAAUCUCAAUAGUGAAAUUUUAGCAGAUAGAUUUUAAUCUAUCAGCCUCAAACAAAUCUAAUUAAACCAGCAGGCACUGACCAAAGUCAUUUGUGUUGUCACAUUCACCCUUACUUUGUAAAAGUGGCAGAUGAUUUUCGGUAUUUUGCUUUUUAAAACAAGCUUAUGAUUCCAUGUGGCAGGAGAUGAAUGUUCAUUAAAUUACUUAGAAUCAUCUAAUUUAGUUGUACGGUAAUUAUGUUGUAAAAAAUCCAAAUGAAGUCAUUACUAUGACUCAGAUGUUUUUGUUAUUUAGAUUAUUCAAAUUGUCAGAGCUGAUAGUCCUCUGUUAUUUUGACAAUUAUUAUGCAACAAUUUUUCUGUUGUCUAUCAAUGUAUAAUGUUUAUGAAGAUUAUAUUGUGUCAAAACAAAUUUAUUAUAUAUAUAUGACAUCAAUUUUUUUAAAAGUGUUCUCAUGGUCUUAUGUUUAUUUUUACACAUUGAUGUGCAUUCAGUGUAUAUGCAAUCCAGCUUUUGCAUUGAAUUGGUGCAAGUGUACUGCAGCCAUUUUACACAUUAAUUAUACAAGUAUAUUGAAGUAUCUGUAUAUGUUGUCACUGAUGUUAUGUGCUGAUAUUUAUGUAUUAAUUCAGAAACUUUGAUUCCUGCUGUGGAGAGACGCGCUUUGAUUUGUCACGAUAAAAGCUCAACGCUUAAUUUGGAACCUUAAAGUGGGACAAGUUGUAUUUUGUACAUCUAAUCCCUUCUGACACCUAAAACAAAAUUAUUAAAUACCUAAUCUGUGAAAAUUUUCUAAGCUGAAUAUUUGUAAUGUUAGCAGUAAAAUUAAUUUUGAUUAUUUAAUUGUGGAUUUGUUUAAAACAAGAAAGGUGACAGCAAUUAGGAAAUCAAAUAUUUGAGAAGUCUAAUCAAUUUGAAUUCUGGACGAAAAUAAAAUGCAAAGGAAAAUCAGUUGGAUUACAAAACUGUAAAAACACUUAAUGAGGUCAGAUUCUGCAUACAGAUUUAUU